AUGAAAGGGCACGACGACCCUAUUCUCCAACCGCAUUCCUGUUUAUCCUUUUUCCACUUCCUCAAAACCCAUCAUUCCAACCAUUCACUCAAACCUGACCUCAAGGCCCAUUUGAUUCUCUUUUCUAGACUCUUUAAAGCUCGCAAAUUCGCCACCAUCAAGACUAUUCUGAAUUCCGUUGUUACUGAUUCCCAAUUUCGCUCCCCAGUUUCGGGGAUCGUUGAUUUGCUUGAUGAAUUUGAGUUUCAUUUUGUUGACAAGCUUUGUGAUAUGUUGUUUAGGGUUUGUUCUGAUAAUAGGUUGUUUCCAGAGGCGGUUAGGGUUUUUGAUUAUGUGGAGGAAAAGGGGUUCGUGAUAGAGGAGAGGUCUUGUUUUGUGCUUUUGCUUGCUUUGAAGAGAUGUGGUGAGAUUGAGUUGUGUCUUAGAUUCUUCCGCCGGAUGGUUGAGUCUAAUGGAAUUGAAAUUAGGGUUCAGUCUUUGACACUUGUGAUUGAUGGCUUGUGUAAGAGAGGAGAGGUUGAGAAAGCUAAGGAGUUGAUGGAUGAGAUGGUCACUAAAAGCAUUGUGAAACCGACUGUGUUUACUUACAAUACGUUGUUGAAUGCGUAUGUUGGAAGAAAGGAUCAAAGUGGAGUUGGUGAGAUACUGAGGUUGAUGGAGAAGGAGCCGGUUGUUUUUAGUGUGGCGACUUAUAGUAUUUUGAUUCAGUGGUAUUCUAGUUCUGGUGAUAUUGGGGAAGUGGAGAAGAUAUUCGAGGAAAUGCGUGAAAGAAAAAUAGAAAUUGAUGUUUAUGUUUAUUCGUCCAUGAUAAGUUGGAAUUGUAGGUUGGGAAAUAUGAAAAGGGCAUUUGUGUUGUUUGAUGAUAUGGCUCAGAGAAAUGUUGCUCCUAAUGCACAUACUUACGGCGCGUUGAUUGGUGGUGUGUGUAUGGCUGGUCAAAUGGAAGCUGCGGAAAUCUUGUUGGAAGAGAUGCAAAGUAAGGGAAUUGACCUAAAUAUGAUAAUAUUUAACACGAUGAUAGAUGGCUACUGCAAAAGAGGAAUGAUGGAUGAAGCUUUGAGGCUGCAAACGAUCAUGGAAAGGAAAGGAUUCAAUGCAGAUGUGUUUACAUUCAACAUUCUUGCAAAUGGGCUAUGUAAAUUGCAUAGGUAUGGGAAGUUCCAAACUGAAAUCGGCAAAGCUUGGGCAUCAGAAAUUGCUAUCUUGUUGGUUGCCAUGGCUACUUCAGAAGACAUGAGAAUCAAUGCAGAACAUAUCAGAAUAGCUGAUCAGUUUGUGGAAGUACCUGGUGGGACCAAUAACAAUAACUACGCUAAUGUGCAGCUUAUUCUAGAGAUUGCCGAGAUAACUCAUGUUGAUGCGGUAUGGCCUGGUUGGGGUCAUGCAUCAGAGAAUCCUGAGCUACCAGAUGCAUUAAAAGCAAAAGGAAUUGUUACUAGUUACUACACCAAAUUGUCAAAAGCACCCCCAGAAACGGUGAAAGAACUUGAACAAGCGGCUAGAAGAUUAGCUAUAUCUGUAAAUUAUGUUGGGGCAGCUACAGCAUCAGACUACAGAGAUAACAAAAUUCACACUGGAUGGCUGGAUAGUAGAAUUGCAAUGCGGGUUAGAGCAGAGAGACCUCCUUGGUAUCUGUCUGUUGUUGGAGGGGCACUCUAUAAAGCUACUGCUAGUAGUGCUGCUUUGGUUUCAGACUAUGUUGGCUAUCUUGAGAAGGGGCAAAUCCCUCCUAAGCACAUAUCUCUUGUCCGUUCUCAAGUGUCCUUAAGCAUUGAAGGAAGCAAAUAUACUAUUGACAUGAUACGAGGAGGACCUGGGAGUUAUAAACUGAAAUUGAAUCAAUCAGAGAUAGAAGCGGAGAUUCAUACUUUACGUGAUGGAGGUUUGUUGAUGCAGUUGGAUGGAAACAGUCAUGUAAUAUAUGCAGAGGAAGAAGCAGCUGGAACUCGCCUUCUAAUUGAUGGAAGGACUUGCUUGCUUCAGAAUGAUCACGAUCCAUCAAAGUUAAUUGGAGAGACUCCAUGCAAGCUUCUGAGAUAUUUGGUUGCAGACGACAGUCACAUUGAUGUAGACACACCAUAUGCUGAAGUUGAGGUCAUGAAGAUGUGUAUGCCUCUUCUCUCCCCUGCUUCUGGGAUUAUUCAUUUCAGAAUGGCUGAAGGUCAAGCCAUGCAGUUUGGAUGUUAA